CCUGCCCCCGCUUUCCUGUUCACCUGAAUAAACUUUCACUUUGUAAAAUGCUCUUACAAUGUGAGAGCUAAGGGGACUUCCGAGGCCCCAUUUCGAUUUUUCAGUCAAUUUUGCCUUCCUUUUUUAAAAUUGAAACCUAGCUCUCAUUCGUCCUCAAAAAUCCCCAAUUUUAUUUCAUGAAUCAAAGUUGAGCCGCCUACAUACUUUCAAAAUAGCGCAAAAUUUUUAUCAACCCAAAACCCAGAAGAAUCCAUCCCUUCUGAACCAUACAAAGUUCGAAACUUUAAGAUUUAGGGUCUUGGGUUUGUUGUACUGGGUUUUGUGGGUUUUGGCAAUUUCCUGCAAAUUUGAUGAGAAAAUGACCGUGUUGCCCAGCCAUGAUUCAAUUCAUAUAAGGGAAGUUUGGAAUGACAACCUUGAGGAUGAGUUUGCACUGAUCAGGGAAAUUGUUGAUGAUUACCCUUAUAUAGCUAUGGAUACUGAGUUUCCGGGCGUUGUUCUUCGUCCUUUAGGGGAUUAUAAGAACUUCACUGAUUUUCAUUUUAAAACCUUGAAGGCUAAUGUGGACCUUCUCAAGUUGAUUCAGUUGGGCCUCACGUUUUCUGAUGAGAAAGGAAAUCUUCCCACCUGUGGAACUGGUAAGUACUGCGUCUGGCAAUUCAAUUUCCGGGAGUUUAAUCCCAAUGAGGAUGUCUAUGCUCAUGACUCCAUCGAGCUUCUGAGGCGAAGUGGAUUUGACUUCAAGAAGAAUGUUGAUAACGGUGUUGAUGCUUAUCGGUUCAGUGAGCUCCUGAUGUCGUCUGGGAUUGUGUUGAAUGAUAGUGUCAGCUGGGUUGCCUUUCACAGUGGAUAUGAUUUUGGGUACUUGCUGAAGAUCCUGACGUGCCAGAACCUGCCUGAAACUCAGGAGGGUUUUUUCAAAUUGAUCAAGAUGUAUUUUCCAACUGUUUAUGAUAUCAAGCAUAUGAUGAGGUUCUGCAAUCACCUCCAUGGUGGAUUAAACAAGCUUGCUGAGCUGUUGGAAGUGGAAAGAGUUGGUAUCUGCCAUCAGGCUGGUUCAGAUAGUUUGCUUACUUGUUGUACAUUUAUGAAGUUGAAAGAGAGUUUCUUUCAUGGGACAACUGAGAAGUAUGCAGGUGUAUUGUAUGGUCUUGGUGUUGACAAUGGACCUAAUAGUACUUGAAAGAAAAGAAUAUCAACUCAUAAAUAACUAAAUAAAAAGCUAUUUUCUCGUGAAUGGAUGCCUACUCCUUUUGCUGUCCUCUGUGUGUUCUUAUUUCAUUAUUCUUAGAAGACCAGUGUUCAUCUUCAUUGAUAGUCAUUUUUUCUUUCUAAUUUUGGUGUUCUUGGACACAGUUGACUUGAAUAGGAAUCCUUUCAAGUAUUUUCCUUCGUAAAGCAUGCCUCUGCAUUCUUAUGGUACUCCAUUUGUCAUUAGAAAAAGCCCAGGAAAAAAACAUGCAAAAACUAAAAGCAUGUGUGUUGUUUACCUGUAACGAUAUGAAUACGGAAAGUUAAGCAGUGACAGAGAUUAUGUGAGCAGAAGGCCUAACUAGUUGCUCUUGUGUCUUAAUUGUGCCUGAUUGGCCUCUCAUGUAGUCAGCAAAACCUGAUGAAAAAUACUAAACAUGAAUAUGUGCCCCAAAGUAUGUAAUUGUCAUUCUAGUCUGCCCACUACUGUCUAGGUUCUACGUUAGUGAUCCUUAUUAGAGUUUAGAAUUUGAUAUGGGUAUUGCAAAAUUUUCCUCCUUUUGAGCUUGGUUACUUCGUUAGGAUCAGGUCAUGGCUAGGGUUUCAUUAAUUUAUGAAGAUUCUGUAGAUUAUUUAAGAGAUUUGGCGUGGUGGUGGAUGCUACUAUUCUUGUUAAUUAUUAUCACCUGCAGCAAAGCGAAAGCUCUCUCUUUUACCAGAUUUGCUGGAGCUCAAAAGAAGCUGAUUUAGAAAAAGAAUAUUUUCUUCCACCUCAUUGGCCUUACAAGGAUCAGCCGUCAUUAUGUCUUUGUACUCUGAAGAAUUUUCUUAUAUUAUGUUCUUUUGGAUAAUCUUGCCAUGUCAUCAUAAUUUGAUUUGUGAAAGAUGGUCAACUAUCUAUAAACCUGGUGGCAAGUGAAAUUCGCCAAGCCGGUUUCUUUUUUUGGUCAUUUAAUUUUUCUACCUAUUAAGUUAUGGAUAUAGAAUUACUGCCGUCCCUCUCCCUCCCUCCAUCUGUCUCACUCUCUUUAAUGUACUUCUUCUUUUGAUGUUGUUAAUGCUAGUUACCGUAUUUGUCAACUAGAAAAUUUGAGAGCUUGCUUUCUUCCAGAUGUUAAUAAUGGAGAAAGGUAAGGAAGCUAACAUCAUAAUGUGCAACAGAUGGCAUUAGGGCUUUAUUUUGUUCAGAGAGAUAUCGAUUGAAAACAAGAUAAGCAACUAGAAAUAAAGAUGUAUCGAAAUAAUUGCAAUUGCCUUUAAACAGGUUCUGAGCCCAUCUUGUUCUUUAUGCUUAGAGUCACCUAUGAUUAAUACAGGUGGAAUUUAUAUUUUCUGAGAUCUAAAAUCAGAAAUCUCUCAAUCUUACGGGCUAUGUAGUUCUCUUGUUAGCAUGGGGGCAAUUGUGCAUUGUCCUUUGCUGAAAGUAUAAAAAACGUAGGAUAUGACACAUUUCCAUGGAGGCUGAAGAGAAGAGAGACAAGGUAAAAUGUGGAGGGCUUACAUAGGCCCACAAUAGUUGCAAUCCACAAGUGUCUAUGACAUCGGAAAGUCGUGGGAGUGUCAUGCUAGAAGUUCUUGCUUUUGCACAGGUUUGUUUAGAUGUCAAGUACUGAUAGCACUGUAGGUUUCUUCUCAUAACCUAAUUUUUCUGGAUUUGCCAAUUUGACCAGGCAUAUAAAGUUUCUCUGAACAAGAUUACCGGUCUCACCUGUCACUCUGAUCAGGUUAAGAGUCAUUUACAAGAUGGCUGACUCUUUGUUCUGAGGUGUGGAUCAAUGAAUAUGAUGUUUGCAACUUUUGGUAUUUUCUGUUUUUGAGGUUCAUUAAGCAUCAUCUUUUCGUAGAAUAGUAUUCAUUUAAGUGCCAGUUUUAGGUCGAUUCGUUAAGUUUGCAUAAUGAGACAUGGGGAGGCACGGGGGAAGGCCAAGAAUGGCAGGAAAAAAAAUCCGCUUUUUGGUUUUGGUAAUACAGGGCGAAUAAAUGUGCCAUUGUGCUUAAUUUGAGAUUGUUUUUGCUACUUCUAUGCUCUAUUUUUUUUGCUUCUGGAUAAAUUUUUUUCUUACACACACAGUUGGGAACAUGCUGAGAGAUCUUUCUGACUUUGUAGCUUCCAAGUUACCAUUUCCUUGAACAAUAAAUCAGCUUUGUAGUUCCAAGUUUUCCCAACUUCUGGUGGAUGUUUGCAUCUCUUGCUGGUUGACAACGAGCUUGAGGAAUCCACUAAAAGGUCCAAGUAGUAUCUGUCUUGGUUUGAUCAGAUAUACUUGACAAGCCACAUUUUGGAAUGUUUUUCUGGAUCUUCAUUUUUUAUGUUGACAAGAGAGCAAUCAUUUGUCAUUCUUGGUUAAACUUCAAUUUGCAUAUUGGUGAGUGGUGGAAUUUCAGGGGAGGCAUAUCUAGUUGUGCUCGUGACCUAAAGAUGUGAAAUAUUUAUUGCUUGUAAUAACCCCUUAUUAGCCAAUCUUGGAGCCAGAAAAAUUUAAAGAAAAAUGAUAGACAUGGUUUUUCUUUGCAGAGAUUGCAGUGCUAGCAUUGUAAGAUACUUAACAAGUUAUGCAGAAGCGUCUAACCUGUGCUGAAAACAGAUCCCAUGGUACUUAAGAUGAUGCUGUUGCAUGGACUUCUCAUGCUAUUUUGACCUCUAGUAUUCUGAUUUUACCUUUUUCCUCGUGUUUUCAGAAUCUUACAAGUUAUCCUUUUUCUAUUCCAAGCUUUGAUUACUUGGUUAAGCAUGAAGUUAGUCUAAGGUUUGAUUACUUCAUGAUUUUUAUUUUUUUCCAGAUGUGGAGUUGGGGUGGUAUUUCAAUUUGCUGCAUCAAGGGGAUAACUUUUCUCCACCAGUAUUCCUUGAUCUUUUGUCCAUAAUUUAUCAUCCUUUAUUCUUCCCCCAAGCACCACUUGGCAGCCUCAGCUGCACUGUGGAGCUCAAAAUAUAGUGGACCUGUUUUAAGAUGUGUUUUCUUCCGUUUCAUUGACAAUAUGAGGACCAGUCAUACUUGAAUUUUAUAUGAAGAAUUUGAAAAAAUUUCUUCCUUUUAAGCUGUUUGUGUUGACAUUUCCACUUCAUAACAAUUUGAUUUUGGAGUGAUAGUAAUAUGCUUUGACAAGAGAUGGUGCCUAGGUUUAGCAUAAACCAGGUUGCAAGCAAAACUUGCAAAGCUGACUUCUGUCUUUAUUCAUUUAACUUUAUUUUCGAAUUAAUUAUGGACAAAUCAUUUCCUGCCUCUCACCUGAUGGUGCCCUUUUGAUUUUCUUUUGAGUUCAUUAAAAUACUAAUUUCCAUACUUGUUAGCCAGAAGAAGUUUAAGAGCCUGCUUUCUUUCAGAGGUAGAUAUUGGUGAGGGAGAAUAAUAAAGAAGUUGACUUUGUGAGAGUAAUCAAGAGAUGUUUGCAUUCAUGCCCAUCUUCACCACCAUCCCAUUCCUGGCUUGAUACCAUGUGUUAAACAUGUUUUGGAUGACAUUCUGAACUGCUGAUUGGAGCUUGUGUUUAGGAUGGUUUAAGCGUCCUUACCUCCUUUUUUAUCCUCUCUUCAUCUAAUACUUCCUGCAUGCUCAUCAUACUUGUUGGUCAGUAGUACAUCAGAACUUUCCUUUAUAUAGCAAUGGUUUGUUUUGCUUCAUAAGACCAUCAUGUGCAGGAACUCUCUCAUUUUAUAAACACCCAUAAAAUGUCUUUUGGACACUAUUUAGGGUUCUUGUACCAAUUGUUUUCUUUUCUGGCAUCAUGUAUUGUUCGCUUCCAAACCUCAUAGAGCACCUUAUUGAUCUGGAUGAUAUGCAUCGUGUCAGAGAAUAUGCAAGCCUAGAUAAAGUAGGUGUAGAAUACCUUGAUAGAGCAGAAGCUUUAACUUAGAUCGUUGGAUUUUAUUCACAUUUUUCUUUUCUCAACUAGGAAGAAGUUUAUUCAGCCAGAAUGAAGUUUAUCAAUGUGCUAGGUGCAUGAUUUUAUCUGUAUCCUGUAUCAAGGUACCAAGACCUUACCCAUGAAAAACGUAUCAAGUGCUUUACUUUAUUACUGAAGGGGAUUAAAGUUUUGAUUUUCUACGACAGUUGAAACUCACAUUUAGCUAUGAUGAACUGACCUGAUGGGCCUUGAUGUUCACAGAACCAUCUUUCCCUGUAUGAAUAUGAAGCAAGCGCAAGUAUGAUGACACAUGGAAGAUUGUGCAGUCUCUAUUAUGAAUUAUUACUACAUUCCUGGCUUGCCAAGAGUGACAUGUCCCAGAUUUGCAGGUAGCUAGAAUUGCUGAUUCAUCCCAGUUAAGGGCAAGAAUAUUGGUUUGCUACCCAUACAUAUCAACUCCAGAUGCAUAUUUUCGGGAAUUUGGCAUUCCAGAAGCUUCUCUGAACUUCCUGCAGCUCCGGACAGAGAGAGGAAGAGGGGUUCCUGCUUGGUGCUUGCUGAAUGUCCUGCGAAUUUCAUCUGCACGGAUUGCUUAUGCAUCGCUUAGUGGAUUUUUGGUUUCAAAUAGCAUGUCUUUUACCCAUUAAGUAGCCCCUUUUUUAACCCAUUGUUCUGGAUUGCAUAAAUGUCAAAUUUCGCCUGAAAUGCUCACAUAUUCUUCUA